CAGCGAAGCGUAUUUAAGAGCUAUUCAGCAAAUUGCAUGAAAGAAUUUCGCACGCGACCGACAAGCAGCCAACAAGUGCCAACCCAACACCGAUCCGGGACCGAACGAAAGCAAGCGGGGGAGAUAAAUACUGCUGAAAGAUGUACGGACGCUGCAGUUUGCUGUUUGUGGUGCUGUUGUGCGCCUCGGGUCUGGCCCACGCCCACUUUCCGGAGUACUGUGCAGAGUGUGAGCAGGAGGUGUGGGAGCAGGUGCCAUGCAGCCAUGUGCCCACUACUGCACGCCCAACCACGGCGCGGCCAGAUUCUGGAUCGACAGCCAGACCUCCUACAACCACCACAACCGUCGCCAGCACCACCCAGGUCUCUUACCCGACCACAACUGGUACAUCAGCGGAGGAGAUUACCACCCAGCCCACCGCCUACAAGAAGUGCUACUGCGAGUGCAAGCUCGGCUGCAAGGAGUUCUGUCGCAAGGUGGCCACCUCCGGGCCCAAACAGCAGCUCACCCAGAUCUCAUCCACCGGUGACUACGCGCCGGGGGGCCAGAUAGAGUACACGCAUGUGCAUCAGCGCAAGUAUUUCCCCAAGUACGGAGGAGGAGCAGGCUAUGCAGGACUGGUGGGCCCAGUGGACGGUCCCAAGGCCUAUAAGCCCUACCCUCUGGUCUACAGUGAACACGCUGCCGCCGCCUCCUCGCCAGCUGCCAACAACAUUAAUGCUCCCAAUUACACCCUGGAGGAGCUGGCCCAGCUUCUGAGCACAGCCUAUGGCGGCAAGAAGGAAUAUCCAGCCCCACCACCGCCCAGACCUCAGCCACGAGCUCAGCUGCAGCCAGCGCCUCCUUCUGUCUACUACUCUCCGGUGUACAAGCAGCAGUCCGCAGGCCCUUCCAUUCCCCUUGUGAGUAGGGUUGAACCGACCCCUAAGCGUUACCCCAGUAUCAAGGUAUCAGCCGCAGCAGUGGCCUCUUCAUCCGGAGUGGCUGUGGCCAAGGUUAAGACGCCCUAUGAGGAGAAGAUAGCCGUUGCCACACCGCCACCAUCCAACAUCUAUGACAGAACCACAUCCUAUCCCAUUGUCGAGGAGCACACGGCGUACGCUUUGCCACAAACUGAGUCGUAUCCAAUUGCCCCCAGCCAAACGGAGUCAUAUCCAAGCAUUACCGAGGCGUAUUCGAGGCAGACGGAGUCCUAUCCCAGCCAAACCGAGUCGUAUCCCAGCAGGUCAGAGGAGCACCCACUGCAAGAGCCCGAACCUAACAAGCCGUCGUCAUCCUUCGACCUGGCUAUCGACAACUAUCUCAAGGACUUUGGAUAUGGCAACCAAGGAAGGGGCUACGCGGACUACUAGGCUCUAGAUAGAUCUCGUUGUUGUUAGGUUUAAGGAUACACGUCUAUACAUUUAGAUAGUAGAUAUUAA